AUGGCUUCUCAAGCUCGAGUCCUCAAGUUCCCCCGGAGUGACGACAAAUCCUCCUUUGUCCUAUUGCAAGCCACGCCCAAUGGUUCGAAACGACUUGAUUUGAAGCUGGUGGGCACUGAAGGAGAGGAACCUUAUGUUGCAUCCUUGAAACAUGAUAGAGUCGUGUCUCUCCGUGUGAAGAAUUGCCCUGUUUCAGACAGCGAAUGGCAGCGGAUUCUCGAAGACUUGUUUCAGCAGGAACCCCUUCUGGAUAUUCAAGCCACCGCCACGGUCCAGAGCGAAAAGUUCAUCUCAAUCACCAUUCGAAAGGACAUACAGGGUAUCACUCAACGUCUGGGCUCAAUCACCCUAAAUCAUGAUCCAGAUGAGGCCAUUGAGUUAUUCGAUUGGUGUGGUGUAGCGGUCGAGGCCUCUGCCUCAAGUAAACAAACUGCGGCAGACCUGUCGGCAAAAUCCUCCGAGUCGGAUGCUGUUGUGGCCCAGCUCCAGUUACAGCUGGAAGAGUUAAUCAAAGCCAAAGAGGAGGAUGAAACAGCGUUGCUCAGGAAGUUCAGGGAUCUCCUGAACGAGAAGAAGGUCAAGAUUCGCGAACAGCAGCAAGCAUUAAAUAUACUAUCAACAAAUCCAAGCAUAGCGGGCCAAUUUCAGCGUUCCCAGGCUGUGGAAGACUCGAUUCAGCAACCGAAACCAAAGAAGCCUACUCGCCAAGCUGGCAAGUCAAGGGCAUCGAAAAGAAAGGCUCCCGCAUCAAGAAGACUUGAAGAAUCAGAGGACGAUGAUGCUGUUGACACGAUGAGCGUCGACCUUAAGCAGGAGGCCGUGGAUACGGAUCCCGGAAACACCACAGAAGCGACGGCAUCUGGUGAUAGCGACGACGAUGACGAUGGCCUCGACUCAAGACCACCUCAGCAAAACAAGGCACCAGACACAGUUUCACGGGGAAAGACUGCUUCCAAGGAGAGCGAGAGACCGCCGCCACCGCGAGCUCUGCCGUUCGAGACAAAGAAGUCGACAAAGGCUGCACCUGUACCCGCUCCUGCAGGGAGUGACACUGAAUCUGACGAUGAGCUUUGA